AUGUCUGUUCAGGAAUUCGCCCAGAUUUUAGAAAACACUAUUUUAAGUCCAGACCAAAAUGUGCGUCUAACUAGUGAAACGCAAUUGAAGAAGCUUUCUAACGAGAACUUUCUUCAAUAUGCCGGGUUGCUAGCUCAAGUUUUGGUUUUGCCAGAAGCAAAAGUCGAAGCACGUAUAUUGGCAGCCUUGUCUUUGAAGAAUGAGUUGGUAUCAAAGGAUAGCAUAAAGAAUCAGCAAUUUGCUCAACGUUGGGCAACCACUAUAGAUCCUGAGUCAAAGCAACAGAUUAAAUCCAACGCUCUUGCUGUUCUUAUGGAUAAUGAACCAAGAGUUGCCAAUGCUUCUGCACAAUUAAUUGCUGCGAUCGCGGAUAUAGAGUUACCCCGUGGAGAAUGGCCUGAUUUGAUGCAGAUAAUGGUUGACAAUACAAACACCAACCAACCGGAAAAUGUGAAAAGAGCUUCGCUGUUGGCCUUGGGAUAUAUUUGUGAAAGUGCCGAUCCCCAAAGUCAAGUACUAAUGGCCUCAUCUAACAGCAUUUUAAUUGCAAUUGUACAAGGUGCUCAAUCAUCAGAGCCUUCUAAAUUGGUACGUUUGGCUGCCUUAAAUGCUCUUGCAGAUUCCUUGGUCUUUAUUAAGAACAAUAUGGAAAGAGAAGGUGAAAGAAAUUAUCUGAUGCAAGUUGUGUGUGAAGCUACUCAAGCAAAUGACACUGAUAUCCAAGCUGCCGCAUUUGGUUGUUUAUGUAAGAUUAUGUCUCUCUUCUAUGCUUUCAUGAAACCUUACAUGGAGCAAGCCCUAUACGCUCUAACUAUAGCCACUAUGAAGUCAGAGGAUGAUAAAGUUGCAUCUAUGGCAGUUGAAUUCUGGUCCACUAUUUGUGAAGAAGAAAUUGAUAUCGCAUAUGAACUUUCGCAGUUCCCACAAUCACCAUUACAAAGUUACAACUUUUCUUUGUCUUCUAUAAAAGAUGUCUUACCAAAUUUAUUGAACCUUUUGAUGAGACAGAAUGAGGAUCCAGAAGACGAUGACUGGAAUGUAUCUAUGUCAGCCGGUGCAUGUUUACAGUUAUUUGCCCAAAAUUGUGGUAACUACGUCCUACAACCGGUUUUGGAGUUUGUGGAGCAAAACAUCACUAAUGAUAACUGGAGAAAUAGAGAAGCUGCUGUGAUGGCAUUCGGCUCUAUAAUGGAUGGUCCGGAUAAAACCCAGAGGACCUAUUUUGUUCAUCAAGCCCUACCUGCAAUUCUAAACCUAAUUAAUGACCCAUCCUUGCAAGUCAAGGAAACAGCUGCAUGGUGUAUAGGUAGAAUUGCUGACCUUGUUGCAGAAUCUAUCGAUCCCCAAGAGCAUCUACCAGGUGUUAUUCAAUCUUGUUUGGUAGGUUUACAAGACCAUCCUAAAGUCGCCACAAACGCAGCUUGGACUAUUAUCAAUCUAGUCGAGCAACUUUCUGAUAUGCAACCAUCUCCUAUCUAUAACUACUAUCCAGCAUUGGUAGAUGGAUUGAUCAAAUCAGCAAACAGACCUGAUAACGAAUUUAAUGCCAGAGCAUCUGCAUUUUCGGCUAUGACCACUUUAAUUGAAUAUGCUAUUGAUACUGUCAGUGAUACUUCAGCAUCCAUUUCUUCAUUUGUCAUGGACAAACUAGGACAAACAAUGACUGUUGAUGAAGCCCAAUUAUCCAUGGAGGAUGCACAAAGUUUGCAGGAAUUACAAUCAAAUAUUUUAACUGUUCUUGCAGCAUAUAUCAGAAAGAGUCCAAAUUCCGUGGUAAAUGUCUCAGAUAUGUUAAUGGACCUCUUUGUUAAACUAUUAAGUAGAAAGAGUUCCGCUUUUAUCGAAGAUGAUGUAUUCUACGCUGUAUCAGCCCUUGCAUCUUCGUUAGGAAAGGGUUUUGAAAACUAUUUAGAGUCAUUUUCUCCAUAUCUGAUUGGUGCUUUGAACCAAGUAGACUCCCCAGUUGCUAUCACUGCGGUAGGUUUUAUUGCUGAUAUCUCAAACUCAUUGGAAGAUGAUUUCAAGAGAUACGCCGGUGCAUUCAUGAAUGUUUUGGGUCAAUUAAUUACAAACCCAGCAGCCAAGAAAGAGUUAAAGCCUGCAGUUCUAAGUGUUUUUGGUGAUAUAGCCUCCAAUAUUGGGGAAGAUUUCAUUCCAUAUGUCAAUGAAGUAAUGGGAUUAUGUGUGGCAGCUCAAAACUCUAAACCAGAAAAUGGUACUCUAGAAGCCCUUGACUACAACAUAAAGGUUCUUGAGUCAGUUCUGGAUGCCUAUGUUGGGAUUGUUGCUGGUUUACAUAAUCAUCCUGCUGAGUUAUUUAAUUACAUUGGUACUAUCUUCCAGUUUUUGAAUAUUGUGGCUGAAGAUCCUCAACUUUACAGUGAAGAUUCUACAUCCAGAUCGGCAGUCGGGUUGAUUGGUGAUAUCGCGGCCAUGUACCCAGAUGGUAGCAUCAAGCAAUUUUACACACAGCAAUGGAUUGCAGAUUUCAUUAAAAAGACAAGAAAGAACCAAGAGUUCAGCCAAUCUACAAAGGAUACCGCUAGAUGGGCUAGAGAACAGCAAAAGCAUCAACUGUCGCUCUGA